AUGGCUGCAACAGACCAGCCUUCGGGCUUACUGGACAUUGCUAGCUCCCUUACACAGGAUGAAAUCCCGUUCAAACUGCGAUGCGCCAUCUGCAACAAGCUUGCGGUAAACGCGUUUAAGUUGCCUUGCUGCGAUCAAGCUAUUUGCGAAAACUGUCAAGCAUCGUUGCCGGAAACCUGUCUUGUCUGCGCACACACCCCCAUUUCGCCCGAUCUCUGCAAGCCGAACAAAGCUCUCCGAACCACCCUCAAGGCAUUUCUCCGAACCGAAGAGAAAAAAAGAGAGAAAGAAAGACAAUCUGCCACUCCAGUGGCUGGAAGCAGCGGGACUCCUCUGGAAGGAACCCCAGCGCAACAAGAAACGCCGGCAGUUUCCAGCACCCCUGAUCAGAAGACCACAGAGGGUGGAGCAGAGUAUAUUCAGGCAGCUGAUGCGCCACGGGACCAACCUACCGUCCAACCUAAUCCUACGGAACACCAGUCAAAUAGUGCUGAUGCAGCUCAAGAUGCUCCGGUAGAAGCUCAAGCUCAGGGAGAUGAUUCUGUUGCUAUGCGCGUCGAUGCGGGAGAACAGGCUGAUGUUGUGCAGCAGGAUGGGUCCGCUGAAGGGGACAAAAAUGAUGAGCCCCAUUUAGGUCAACCAACCGAGGAGGAGCUGAAUCAAGGCGAAGAGUCGAACCAGGUGUUUUCUAAUGAAAUGGAAUUCAAUGUGGCCCCGGGAGCGUUCCCUAACAUGGCUUGGAGCAACAACAAUGGCGGAUUUAAUCCGAUGGCCCAACAGUUCAUGGGUAACGCAAUGUUCAAUUUCCAGAAUCCAAUGGGGAUGUCCGGCAUGGCGAUGGGCGCGAUGGCCGCGAAUCAGGGGAUGCUUGGAGGCUACGGGAUGAAUAUGAAUGGCAUGAACAAUGGCAUGAGUAUGGGAAUGAAUUUCGACGUGGGUCAGGGGAUGUAUGGAGGAUGGGACGGUUCACAGAACAAUAUGUGGAAUGGAGGCCAAGAUAAAUUCAAUCCAAAUGCUUUCGCAAAUGGUAUGGGUCCACAGUAUGGGCCCUCACCUGGAUUUGGCGGAUAUAAUAUGUCUCAACCCAACGGAUUUCAUGCUCAUAUGCAGCAACAACAGUUUUCUAGCCAGAAUUAUCAGAGUGGCUAUCCUGGCCCCAGUUUUGGCAGAGGUAAUUUCCGGGGUCGCGACCGUGGAUUUAUCCCUAGUGGUGGCUCUGGCCGUGGCGGUUUCCCUGGACCUAUACAGGCUAAUUAUCAUCAUAAUGCUAACCACCCAGCGCUUCAAAGCCAUAACCCCCCUAGUUUCAAUCAAGAUAUGACAGCCCAAGAAGGCGUAUCUAUUGAGAUGUCAUCGGGUGAUCCCCGUACAGCGGAGACUAGGAAUGUCGAUGGCGCUGACGAGAAUGCCCCAAGCGGUGACCAGGACGUCGGCCAAGACCCAUCCUCAACUGAUAUCACUGGUGAGACAGGUGGUAAUAAAGAGCAUGUUCCUACGACUGUAGUGAGCGAAGCUACGGAAACGGAGGGUUCCCCACAACUUCGUGGUAUACCAACCAUUGACAGUCUCGACCAGGCGAACGCCCAAGCGAUCCCUACCGGCCCUAUGGGGAUAAACGUUCCUAUAGGGCCCGGUUUUGGAAGAAGUGGCUAUAUGCGUGGACCUUUCCCUGGGGGUCGUGGUGGUUUUGGUGGCCCCUUCCCUAACAUGCCGCCGGCGCCUAAGGUGCCAGGUGUCGAAGGUGCACCUGCGGCCCCUCGGGCGAUGCGAGAGGGCCUUCCCAACACCAGUAUUUUGCGACAACGGAAUUUUCAGGGAGCUGCCAGACCUUCUGUUCCCGCCACGAAGCCUUCCGAGGUUUCCCAGAGUACAACCCCUGCUGCCCAGGAAGACCAACAGCCGCGUUCGAGGUCCAAAUCGAGGUCGGGAUCUCACGUUAGAUCUCCAUCCAAGUCAAGAAGUCGCUCUCGAUCCCAUGCUCGAUCUCCAUCUUCCAGUGGCCGACGUAAUGGGCAACUCCCCAAGAGUGUUGAUAAAGACACAGAGGACCGCGACCGCAGACGUGGGGGGCGGAGAAUGGACGAGAAGCGUGACGAUCACCCAACUGCCGAGAAUGACCAUCGAACUCGCUCCCCUUCCCUCGAGUCCCGAAGAUCCUCCCAUCGUCGAGACAGGAGAAAUGAUCGCCGAUCACACCGCCCGCACCGUCGCAGCCGGAGUCCCAGCCGAAAUGGCGACGCCCGUGACGCCGAUCGUCCCGAAGAAAAGGGCCCCGACUCCCAAAGUAGGACUCCGGCAGUUGGUGAUGGUAUAGAUAGUUCUACCCGACGGUCAGGCAAGGACCGGGCCAAACGCCGCGAGGAAGAGCAGGAAAUAGAUGGGGAAUCCAGACGGAGGGAGCGGCAUCGAAAUCGUGAUCGCGAACGGGACAGGGACCGUGACCGUGACCGUGACCGUGACCGUGACCGUGAACGUGACCGUGAACGUGACCGUGACCGAGACAGGGAUAGAGAACGGGACCGUGACAAGCACCGUGAAAGAGACAGAGACCGCGAUCGUUAUCGAGGGCGAGAUCGUGAGCGUGAGCGAGAUAGGAAGCGCUCUCGUCGUGACCGCACCGAGUCACCUGUGGACAGCGAAUACUCAUCACGACACAAUUCCCGACGAAUCAAACGCGGCCGGGACGACGACAAUCGCACCAGUGAGCGCGAAAAUGCAAAGGACAAGGCUUCCACGAAGACAUCCGACCCUGAAAAAGACCCUCACACCCUGGAGCGAGAAGCCCGCAACCGCGAGCGCAUGCUCAAGGAAAAACAACGCCGGGAGGCGGUGAACGCUGAUCGCGACGGAGGCAAAUCUGGUCGCAGGCAUGAUAGUCGCCAGGAGCGAACACUUAGUGGAGGCCGACGACUAAGCUACAAAUACGAAGACGAGGAGAAUGAUGAUGCUCGAGCUGCUCGGGUGGAGAGCGAGCGGGAGGCCAGUCGAUGGUCGUGA